UCUUUAGAAAAUCGGUUUUUUGUAAUUUUUUCAAAGGCGGCUGCGUUGUCAGUCAAUGUAGCCAAAUUAACAAACGAACAGCAAUUUUUUUUUUGUAUGCGUGCCACCAAAAGUUGUUGAGUCUUUCGGAUUGUCAUGCAUUUUAAAAAUAGGCGCAGCAAAAAUAUUCUGGACAUCGUUGCGCACUUUGAAAUAUACGAAAGAAGAUUUAUGGUUCACAGUACUUGUGUACCAGAGAAUCAUAAGCAAACCAAAAAGCAAUCAAUCAAAGCAAUUAUGAAUUCUAGGAUUGUCAACAUUCGAAACAAAAUUGCGUUCGGUUAUUAACAAAAUUACUUCGAAAUUGUGAAAGUUACCUAAAAAAAAAACAAAAUGCCUCCCAAGAAGCCGGGCAAGAAGAAAAAGGACGUGGACUGGUCCGCCGAUGAGAAUUUCUCCAAGGAUCGUUCCAUGAUCUACAUCGAGCACACGUACGAGUGUCCCAUUUUCCAGACCAAGGCCGACGAGUGCGGGUCAUUCUUCACGCAACGCAUACCGGAGCGCAAGUUCCAGCUGGUGAAGAAUCGAUACGGACGCCAGGUUCCGCGGGACGGAGCCUUCGAGAUAGGAUUCUCACAAAAUGCCCGCACCUCGGAGCAUCUGCUGUGGUCCGGUUUGGACAAGGGACCGCCGCGUCGGGACAAGUUCCCAGUGGACUACGAGGCACUGGUGCCCGAUGUGAACAGGAUACUCAAGAAAUUCUAUCCCGACAAGGCGGUGGGCGUGGGCGCUGACGACGAGGACGUGGAGAAGGAGGACAUGUAAACAUUUGCGGCACUUUGUUGUCUGAAUUAUUAUAAAGUCUUUACCAUAACAAUGGCUAAUACAUGGCGUGAAAAGUAAACAAUCAGCCAGAGACCUGUUGGAGCAACUUUAAGACGUCAUCCAUCCACCCACGCGGCGAUUAGUGCGAUUCUUCUUUGGCUUUUGUGUGCGUAAUAUCUUUUUGGCAGUGAUGCCCCACUGACUGACGUACUGACAUCACACUUUGACAGCUCCUUCCAAAACUUAAAUGCUUAAAUCGACCAGAAUAAUUAACCCAAUACAAUGCUGCCACAUUAGCAGCCACACGAUA